AGUUAGUUUGUGGGCUUUUAACGUACCUCCUGCUCAGACUAGGAGUCUCUGGGAGUCUGUCAGUCGCCGUUAGCUCUGUCUCAGUCACACAGUCCGUCUUCUCCUUACCCCCCUCCACUGUUCUCUCCCCCCUCUCUCUUGCUCUCAUCUUUGUUUCUCUCUGGUGCUCUUCUUUAUACUCGCCUGUUGCUUCUUCUUGUGCUGCUCCUGCUGCUUCUACAAACUUAGUCUUGAGAGAAAGUGCUGGGUGAUGGACUGCUGAACGGCUUGCUACAAAGUGAGCUGUGAGCCGAGUGAUUGACCAGACCUACAGACAUGGGGAAGCAGAACAGCAAGCUCCGUCCGGAGGUGAUGCAGGACCUCCUGGAGAGCACUGACUUCACUGAGCACGAGAUCCAGGAAUGGUACAAGGGCUUCCUGAGGGACUGCCCCAGUGGGAACCUCUCCAUGGAGGAGUUCAAGAAGAUCUACGGCAAUUUCUUCCCCUAUGGAGACGCUUCAAAGUUCGCCGAGCAUGUCUUUCGCACAUUCGAUGCUAAUGGCGACGGGACAAUAGACUUUCGGGAGUUUAUAAUCGCACUAAGUGUGACAUCUCGUGGCAAACUGGAGCAGAAGUUGAAAUGGGCAUUUAGUAUGUACGACCUGGAUGGAAAUGGGUACAUCAGUAAAGCUGAGAUGCUGGAGAUUGUUCAGGCAAUCUAUAAGAUGGUGUCCUCUGUGAUGAAGAUGCCUGAGGACGAGUCGACACCUGAGAAGAGGACAGAGAAGAUCUUCAGGCAGAUGGACACCAACAGAGACGGUAAGCUCUCCCUGGAGGAGUUCAUCAAAGGAGCGAAGAGCGACCCCUCCAUCGUCCGUCUGUUGCAGUGCGACCCCAGCAGCGCCGGACAGUUCUAAAGCUGAGGCAUGAACACAACCUUGCUUCUUUGGGUGACUCCAAAUGCCCUUAACUCUCCACUAUGGAGCAGACUGACGAUGAAGAAUGACAAGUUGAUGACGAUGAAGAAGACAGGCCUUCAACAUGCACUGAGGACAUCAUAAAUGGGCACAGGAGCCAAAUUCUCCAGUUCUCCACCCUGAGCUGUUUAUAUAAACCCUCCAAACUCCCACCAAAAAGACUGAACCUGAAGACUUUCCCAAACCCUCAUCAGGUUAUCACCAAACCCCACUGAUUGUAGUUGACCAGGAUCCCUCAGUUCUCCUAUAGGCACGUCAGAGUAUAAAGAAGGUCUGCAGUAGGUUGUAUAUAUACAGUAUAAACUGGAGUUUCUGUAUCAGUGUCUUUGCUUGGCCCUCUGUGCCCCUCGAGGCUCCAGCCGGGGCGACACCGAGCCUCCGUCACUCUAACAUGUAUCAUAGACAGAGUGUGUGCAUGAGACAACGAGAGAGAGAGCGACAUGAUGGUGUUGAAUAACAGGACAUACUGUAGGUGAGAUUAUUUAAUCUGCAGAGAGGACUUGUGAAGUUUGUCCUUCACUCAGAUCGAGUACCGCUUUUAGUUUCCUCUUUUUCUACUGUGAGAAUGUGUACGUGUGUUUGUGUAUUUUGCAAACUUGAUAGACUUUGUUUCAUAUUUUGUGCUGGGACAAAAAAUUACAUGAACAUGUAAUAUUAUGCUACUAUGCAUACGCGCCCUAAUCAGUAGUUUGAUUUUGUGAAGUCUCACUGAUGUAAUGAAGAAUGAAACCCAUCCCUUUAUCCAUCAUCUGUUCCAGUGCUUUUUCAUAUCAGGAAGAAUUUGACACAGAGGGUUUUGGAGUGGCAGUGUGUUACUGCACUCUAGUUAAAGGAAGAUAGAAAACUAGUCUUUAAAGUAUCUGAGUACAGUGUAGAUAUAUUACAGUGCACCGAUAUUUGUAAAGCAAAUUCAGAUUGCUCAGUUCAUAACAAAUGUUGUGAAAUAAUUAAAAAAAAAAAAACAACUGUUUUGUUUGUUAAAGCUAUUGCGGGAUGUGGAGCAUGCAAACCAGUUUCUUUUUUUUUGACAUUUACUAGGUGGAGAACAGAGACGCACUUCUUCACCUUCACUUUUAGAUGUUUUUAAAUGCCGCAUGUUGGGUGCAGGGGUGCAUAGGCUAAUUAACACAUAUGCAUGUGACUUAGCGCAUGUGUGUGUUUUUUGUAUGUUUAUGGAUAUCAGUGGCUAAACGGCCAGUCGCCCAUCCAGCUCUGAGCUCGCUUCUGUACGUUAGUAUUGUCAUUGUUAGUGCUACCAGUAGUCAGUGUUAUUGACAGCGUAUGGACUGCCAAAGCUGACACAUGUAACGGUUCACCUGAAGACCAACACGCACAACAAUCACAUGAAGACACACUUUUUAAUGGGGAUGCUGUGUAGUCAGAGCCGAAAGCUUUUUUUCUGUUUCAGUUGAGUUCAAUAAUCAAAUCACCAUCCAGCUGUAUCUGUAAUGGGGCCAAACACACACAGAGAGGACUGAAUUCUUUUACCAACAGUCCUCUAUAGUACGCUUUCAAUUAAAUAGCAUGAACACAAUUUACAGUGUUAUGUAAAAUAAAUGACAUGCUAUUGGUCACACAUAAGUCUGCUGUCCCACUAACAAGAGUACUCCCAUUUAUUUCAAACUGAAGGAUUCAGUAGACACUUUGUUUGUCACUUCCUCUCCCUCGUUUUUGCCCUCGCUUAGCUGUCAAAGAAAAGAGAAAAAGCUCUGCCUCAGGUCAUUAAAGGGGAACCACCACAGUAUUUAAGAAUUCUCAAUAUGUUAUUUCCUUGGCCUAAGAAAGUUUAAUCACUAUUUGUGAGCAUGAGCUUCUCUCUCUCAGAGCCAGAAACCAGCGAAGUAAGCCUCACACUGGUGAUGUCAUACAGAAUAAAGUCUGGAGCUGCUCCAUAGACAGUGAAUGGGAGCCUGAUUUUGUGGACUGGGUUUUUUUUAAUACCCAAUUGAGCUUUAUAGAUGAAAUCACAAUGUUUAUAUUUACUUCCACAAAGAAAAUCCUCACAUCAAAUACAGAAAAUGAAACAACGCAGAGCAAAUGCUGCCAUUUGUAGUUUGUUUUUAACCACCUAAAAGAAUCUGUAUCAGUUUCAGUUUUUAUUAUAUUUCGAAUAUUUUCCUGCUUUUUCUGACAAGGAACUGAAGCUGUUAUCUAAAUGCCACUCAUUUUAAUUCAAGGAACAGGGGAGUAACUGAUCUACCGCUGCUAUAAUCAGCUUGUGCAUGGGACUUUAUAACAUGGCUAAAAAAACGUUUUGCUGCGGCCCCCAUUCACAGCAGUACAUUGCUUUGCUUCUGUGCUGGUACAUUCGGUUUAUCAAAGAUGCUAGCAAAGCAACACAGUACACAAAAUAAGCAACAGAAAUGUCAGAUAUUGGACCACCCUGUUUAACUAUAACUCAUUGAAUAUUACAGUUAUGACUGAACAUGACAGCAGAAAUAAACAAGUUUGCCGAUUCGCUACCCGGAAGUGAUUGUUGUUGUUAGCGUGACAUCAGAGUGAUUCAGCUUUUGCUAUUGUAGAGUUCUCAGUUCUGAAACAGAACAUGUACCUAUAUACUCAGAACCUUUCCCCUGGGUGCUCUCUGUCAUCUAGAACAUCUUUCCCAAUUCAUUGUCACUGUAGCAGCUCCAAACCUUACACGUUAUGACAUCACAAAUUUGAUUUUUUUAGCAUUCUAGUUUUUAGAUUUGGUUAAGAGAGUAGUUUAUGUUCACUAAUAUUUUUUGGACUGUCUUAGACCGUAGGAAUAUCUAAUUUUGAAAAUAGACAUAGUACCCCUUUAAGCCAGUUCAGCCAGGACCAGUGUGACCCUCCCCU